AUGUAAUGUAAAGAUGGCGCGUUUCAUGUCAUCAGUAAAGUUGUUCGCCGUAUUUCUAAGUUUGUUAACCGUUCUUCACGUUUCCUAUCAAGAUGAGGAGGUCAACGACGAAGUGGAAGAAGAUAUCAGUAAUGGCUAUGGUAACAAAAUAAACUGGGUCGGUGAUAUUGACGCUGCGUUUGAGGUGUCUGCAACCGAAAAUAAACCGCUGAUGGUCAUAAUACACAAAUCUUGGUGUGGAGCUUGCAAAUCAUUGAAAUCGAAGUUUAAGGACUCGACAGAUAUUUUGGAGCUAAGCAAAGACUUUGUCAUGGUAAAUCUCCAAGAUGAAGACGAACCCGACGACGAGAAAUUUAAACCUGAUGGUGGAUACAUUCCCAGAAUUUUAUUCUUUGGAUCUGACGGAGUAUUUCGAGAGGAUCUCGUAGGACCAAAUGAAAAAUACAAGUAUUACGUGCCUGACCCUCUUAAGAUAAUGGACAACAUGAAGAAAGCAUUGUCAUCUCAACAUAUCACAAGGUCUACAGACGAACUCUAACACACUAUUAUGUGAUGAAGAAUUUGUUCUUUGGUUACGACAAUGAUUGCGUAGUCAUUCUCACACUCACAGGAAUAUGAGGUCGUAGUCACAAUUACGAAUUAACGCAUGCAUGUAUUAUGAGGUAUACAGUAUUGUGUUUGUAAUGAUAGCCUUCAUUUGAUCAUGUGAUAGCCUGAGGGUAUAGCAAUAAUAGAGACCUAAUUGCAUGUGACUAUAUGUUUGACUUCAUUUUUUGGUGACAGAUUAUAUUGUAUCAUAUUAUUAUAUCGUAGUGUGUGGUGCUUAUUUAUUGUGAAAAACAAUGGCAGAGCCUAAAUGUUCUAUACUGACUAUAAUUAUGCAUGUGAAAGUUAUUAUAUAGUCAAUUUUGUACUGACGGUUAUAAUAUGUUGUCACUUAAAUGGGUAAUAAAAGGUGUUUUAUAGUGCUCGCAGUUA